AUGAACAUUUUGUAUAUUAUUAUUAUUAUAAAUCUGCACAAAAAUAAAACUUCAUAUGGUAACAUGCGGAACGCUGCAUUUCCAGUUUGAAAGACGACGCAUUGUAAUGUGAUUUAUUUAAAUAGUUUUUGUAUCUUUAACAAAUUACAAAAUAUUCAAAAUAGCUGAUCCUUUGUUUUAGCCUACUAUGUAGGUAGGAGUGUAUACUUAAUCCCUCAGCAUCAUAUAUGGAUUUGGGAUAAAUUUUGGUGUUUCUUGCUAAAUUAAUAAGGAUGAAUGUUGGGAGCAGCAAGCGUGCAGUGGAUUUACUCUCGGACUUAAAGGGAGUGAUUGAUGAGCAAGAAGCGACCAUCGCAGAGCAGGCACUUAAGAUCCACAGCCUGCAGACAGAGGUUUUAGAGCUCACUGCAUCACGAGAUGCUCUUCUGGAAAAGAUUCAGCAGUUAGAAAAGCAAGUUGAUUCAAAUGUUGGUCACAAGAAACAUCAUCGGCGAAGAAGUUCCUCAGGUAAGAGGAGAGGAAGCUCUGCCUCAAAUCAUAAACCACUCUCAUUGCAAACAAGCAAUGGUUCAGUGAGUGGAAUAACAGCCUCAGUGAGUCGCUCGUCAAGUUUUCAGAAGAAACAUCUAGAAGAGCAAGACUCGAGACAAAAUCGUAAUGCAUAUCAGCUUAGUUCGGAUUUAAGGGACAAGCAGGUUGAAGUUUUAAGGAAACUUUACGGAGGUUCACAGAAGAGCGAACACGCGGCACGUAUUAUACAGGAAGCGUAUCGGAAGUACCGCAUGCGUUUAAACUUCCGAAAAAUCAGACAUUCCAAAGUUCGUCGGCUGACAGUCGACAGCGUGCCUCACCCGAAACACUUUGUGCGGGACUCGAACCCGGGGUCUCCCACUCCCGAAAAAGCUGCCGAAACCUCAACGGAAAGCACAGAAAACAUGGACAAUACAGGGGUAGUGGAGGUGGUGGAACUUAUCCAUACAUUUGAUGAGUCAAGUACUCCGGAUCAGACCCCUGACCCUCCAGACCAGAUCCAUGAUCCUCCUCCAGAAAGUCCUCCUCCUCCAGAGCAAUCCGCAGAGGAAAUAUCCCCUAUCGGUCCUCUUAAGGACUCUUCCACGGAUGCAAAUGAAGAGAAAGAUAAAAAUGAUGAAGAAGACACUGUGACACCGACUGCUGACCACGCUCCUCUUGGAGAGAAGGAAUUAGUAGAGAGAAUAUUAGCGGAACAACCAAUAAUGCCAACUCCAAAUCGAACAAGGAAAAGACGGCAUGGCUACGAAACGGUCAAACCUUUUGACGAGACCCUUCCUGCAACCCCUGAAGUUGUAACGCAAGCCAUUGACCCCGAACCGGGGCUUGCUGUGCUCCGUCGAUCGGGUAUAAGAAGCUCGUCCCAUUCACACAACAGCGACACUGAACCCCGCAAUGUUUCUCCAAGGUGGAUAAGAACGGGGUCCGAACUCAGCCUCUCUAAUUAUGAGAAUGAUGGGGAUAUAGAUAGCAUGCGAAGCUCGGACACUGCGGACACGAUGAGCAUCUCCAGUGAGAUGUCCUCCAUCGUAGGAGACGGACUUCAGAGUGGUUAUCAUCGAGAGAGCAACAUCAGUGUUCGUGAGAGUUGGCAUGGGGAUCCAAGUAACGAUAUAUUACGAAAACGAAUGUAUCGCAUUGGGCUCAACCUUUUUAACACGAAACCCAGCAAAGGCCUUGCGUUCUUGGUCGAGCACUCGUUUGUGGCAAACACCCCUCCUACUGUUGCUUCCUUCUUGCUCAACAGGAAGGGUCUGAGUCGGCAAAUGGUUGGAGAAUACCUCGGAAAUGUACAGAAAACCUUUAACCAGGAGGUCUUAGAUUCCGUAUGUGAGCUGAUGUCUUUCAGCGGGCUCGAACUGGACGAAGCUCUUCGACUUUUCCAGUCACAGAUCAAGGUCCAGGGCGAAGCACAGAAGGUCGAACGACUUGUUGAGGCAUUUUCACAACGUUACUGCACGUGCAAUCCUAAACUGAUCAACAGCUUACGUAACCUGGACUCCAUAUUUAUCCUUGCAUUCGCCAUCAUAAUGCUUAACACUGAUCUCCAUUCCCCGAAUAUGAAACACGAGAAACGAAUGACGGAAGCCGAUUUUAUUAAAAAUCUACGCGGCAUAGACGGUGGCGAGGACUUAAGCGAGGUCCUUCUUAAAAAUAUCUACAACCGAAUCCGUGAAAAUGAAUUGAUAACAUUAGACGACCAUGUCACUCAAGUGUUACAGGUUGAAAGCAACAUCGUUGGCAAGAAGCCUGUCCUUGCCGUUCCCCACCGUAGGCUGGUGUGUUAUUGUCGUUUGUUUCAAGUUACUGACCCAGCCAAGCCUCAGAAGAUGGGUUUGCAUCAGCGUGAGGUGUUCCUAUUCAAUGACAUGUUACUGAUAACAAAGAUACUGAACAAGAAGAAAGUCGGAACAACUUACACUUUCAAAAUGUCGUUCUCACUACACGAUAUGAGUUUCCUUGUGUUUGAAACCAUGUAUUUUCCAAACGGAAUUCGUCUUAUCAAUCAAACCGACAACAAAGUGCUGAUAACGUUCAACGCACCGAAUGAGAGCGACCGUAAUAAGUUUGUCACCGAUUUACGAGAAUGCAUUGCUGAAGUGCAGAAAAUGGAAGCGCUCAGAAUAGGAGCAGAACUGGAGCGCGCUCAGGUCCCCUCCCCACCGCAGUCGCGAACUAACUCUGCUUUGUUCGUCGACUCCAAGAAGAUGUCCACAUCCAUGCAAAAUCUCAGCGACACUGCCACCAAACGUUCGACCACUAGUUCUCUCACAGGCGACCAGCGUCCCACGUCCAUGUACAACUUACACGCCAACGAAAACAACAACAACAGCGUUUCAAAGUCGACAAAAUCUGAAUCGGAUCGCUCCCCGAACCGCAACGGCUCUCGUAUCCUGGGCACCCUUUUCAGCAGCAGUGGCAAAGCGACGAAACGCACUUCGCGUUUUUACGCUCCUCACCAAGAAGCGCGCGCCAACCAAAACGGUUCUUUGCCGUCAGUGGUUCUCACUGAGCAUUCGCACACAGACGUCUGAAGUUCCUUCAAGGGUCUUGCCCUCCGCAUUUACCUAAUUGCGAGGCACAAUCUUAAAGUGGUAUGAUCGCCGCAGAGAACAAAGACAUUCCAGCAGUUUAUAUUUCAAAUAAAUCGGUUUCCGCGCAGGUCUUAACGGUAAAUUUCAUUCAUGAAUUUUUAAACCCGAUUUUUUUCUGCAUUUCCCAAAAAAGUAUUCGUUUUUUUUUCUCAAAAAAUAUUCGUAUUAGGUAAAACGGGUAGAACUCCUUCUUUAGAGCCGUAGUUGGUGUAAAUGUAAAAACUGCCCGAUAAAAGUCAUCAGUUUGUAACAACGUCUAUAUAACCCACGUCAAUCAAAAAUCAGCCAUUUUCGUUUCUAAUUCAUAAACAUAUACUGCUCCUAUAAGCGGUUACCAUUAGCCCUAUUAGACACACGGCCAUUUUUUUCUUUAUUUAUAAAAUAACCGACGCGAACCAGCAGCGUUCGUCCCUUUGCGUUCUCUCUAUUGUGAUUGGCGUUAUACCUUCACAUUGUUAUAGUAUAUUCAAUUUCUUUAUAUUACCCUCUAUGAAUGUUGAUUCAUGUCUUGCUGUUACUUUUGUCAUGUUUUCCUUCGCCCCUUACUAUUCAAGUGCAAUCAGCGAUCGCCUUCACGCGCCACGGCGUCUAAUUGAUAGAAUGCUUCACCUAAAAGCGCGUAUUGACCGUUUUUCCCUUUGCUGGUCCCAACUUGCCCGAAAAUCGUCUACAAAAAUAGAAAACAGAACCGUUUUCGUAUUCAAAUUUACCGUAGUGAAGUCUAACUCAAUGUUCAUCAAUUAACAUUUAACUCUUAACCAAAGUGUUUUCCAAGCACAGUUACCCCAUUUACGAAUAACCAUAAACAAAGUCGUAAUAACUCGACAUUAAUUUGGCAUUUGGCAAAAAAAGAUUUAAAAAAAAUGCUGUAUGUCAAGUUGUUUAUAAGCCAGCUUUGAACACCGUCGCAACCAAUUUGAUUUUUUUGAUCAUUCCAUUUCCACCCCACGUCGGAGAUGUAUUAUAAUAGCAUUUAAGAUGUGUUUGGCACAGACAAUAAAGUGUUACAACAAC